GAGCCAUAUAGAGAUGGUGAAGAGGUUUAAAGUGUGGAGCUACAGAGAAGGGGAACGACCAAUAUUCCACAUGGGACCAAUGAGUAACAUCUAUGCGGUUGAAGGACAAUUCAUGGAAGAAAUAGAGAGUGAGGAGAGUCCUUUCAGGGCAAAAUAUCCAGAGGAGGCACACACAUUUUUUAUGCCCAUUAGUGUUGCCAACAUAAUAAAGUUUAUUUAUAGCCCUGUUAUUUACCCAUCUGACUACAAUCGAGAUCGACUCUAUAGACUUAUGAAUGACUACGUUAGUGUUGUCGCCAAUAAGUAUCCAUUUUGGAAUGCCAGCAAUGGUGCUGAUCAUUUCAUGGUUUCAUGCCAUGAUUGGGCUCCAGAAGUAUCACAUGAGAAACCUCGACUCUUCAAGAACUUCAUAAGAGUUUUAUGCAAUGCCAACAAUUCAGAAGGAUUUCAACCUAAAAGAGAUGUUUCGUUACCUGAAAUCUAUUUGAGAAAAGGGUUUUUGGGCCCGUUAGAUUUAGGCCAAGCCCCACACAAGCGCACAAUAUUAGCGUUUUUCGCCGGUGGGCUUCAUGGAUACAUUAGAAGAAUCUUGUUCGAGCAAUGGAAAGACAAAGACAGUGAUAUUCAGGUCUUUGAAAAGCUUCCAGAAGGACUAAACUACACCAUGCUAAUGGGAAAAUCUAAGUAUUGCUUGUGUCCAAGUGGUUACGAAGUGGCUAGUCCAAGAGUGGUGGAGGCAAUCAAUGCAGGGUGUGUCCCGGUUAUUCUCUCUAAUAAUUAUUCAUUGCCUUUUAAUGAUGUACUUGAUUGGAGCAAAUUUUCCAUACAAAUCCCGAUCUCAAAAAUACCAGAAAUUAAGAACAUCUUAAAUGAUAUUCCAAAUGAGGAAUACUUGAGAUUGUAUAAUAAUGUUUCUCAAGUGAAGAGACAUUUCGUGAUGAACAGACCAGCUCAACCAUUUGACGUGAUUCAUAUGGUGCUUCACUCAAUUUGGUUAAGACGAAUCAACUUGAAAAUUGGAAACAUGAAUAGCUUGUGA